UCACAACAGACCAGAAAGCGGAGAAACGGAAGCGGGUGUAUCGGAGCUCACUCGGGGAUUUUUCGUUGUUUCCUCCGCGUCAAACCUCCUGCGAUAACUCAGCGGCUCUUAAGUUUCAUCGUAAACUCUACCGAACGGAGUACAAUGACGCACGGCACCGGAGCGGAGAUGAUCCCGGAGGUUUCCGCCGCCGCGAGCUUCGUCUGCAGACUGUUGCGCAGCCGAGGACGCCUGAGUGACGCGCAGCUACACGUUUUCAGAGACUGUCUCGCACAGGCGCUAUCAGAACACUACCAGCACCACUGGUUCCCCGACAGGCCGCAGAAGGGAUCCGGUUACCGCUGCAUACGGAUCAAUCACGAAAUGGACCCUCUGAUUGGCCGAGCGGCCGGCCGCAUCGGACUGACCGGCGGGCAGCUGUUCUCGCUGCUGCCGCGGGAGCUGACGCUGUGGGUCGACCCGUACGAGGUGUCCUACCGCAUCGGCGAGGACGGCUCCAUCUGCGUUCUCUACGAGGCCGAGCCGCCCGCCUCAAGCCCCGCCCCCUCGCCCUACGACCAGGCCGAGACCUGCAAGAACCGCUUCAUGAUGGGCGGCCGGACGAGUCCGCCGAAAAACUACCUGAUGAUGGUGUCCAGCUGAGCCGGCGGCCGGUGUCCGGCCCGCCUCCGAGAGGUCACCGUCCCCGCGGCGUCACGUUCAAGGCCUGAUCCCGAUCCUUUAUUUAAGAUGAACUUGAAAGCACUGGUUGUUGCGCGACUGGACGACUGACUCUAGAGAUAUUUUGGCACUGUGACUCUUGUUUGCUUUUUACGACCCCAAAACCGGUUUUGGGUGUUUCCACUGGUGCUCGCGCACGGUUUCAGUGCAGUUACGAUACCUCACGACCCUCACGAGAAUGUAAAGCAAUUAAAGGCCUGAAACGUACUUUAUAUAAGAUUCUCUUCAAAGUCAACCGAUGGAAAGGAUAAAACUAGCGCGCUUUACAGCGCCUCCUGUGGUGAUCUUUGAGAAUGCAACGUAUUGCGUUCAGUACGUUUCCGGCCUAAAAUUGUGGUGGUGCUUAUUAAUUUUUCUGCCGGGGCUGCUAACGAGAAAUGUAAUUAAUUAUCAGAUGUGUGGCGCUGGAGCGGUCAUAAGAGCGCAGCUAUAUCUGUAGCAAUAGACGGGUCAACAUUUAGCGUUUCUUUUAUGCCAAAAAUCAAGUACGUUUUCUAAAUUUUCUACCUUAAAUGUGUCAAAACUAAUCGUUUUCACAGAACUGAGCCUGAACCGGUUUUAUGCUCCAGGGUCACAUCUCACUUUGAUAUAAAGACCGAACUCCCAUAAUCCCCUCUUGCCUUAACCACAGGGCCGCCGCUUCUUAAUAAACGUCACUGCCUGGCUCUUUAAGUCUUACUGUGCAAUAUUCAGGCAAUACGCUCUUGAACUUCCUCUGGUGAUGCCGUGCGGACCGGGGGCUUCGGCGCCGGCGUCUCGGGGGGUUUUCCCAGGAUGCUUUGCGUGCGCGGGUUGGUUCGGGGCCGGAGAGCCAGCGGAGGCCGUCGUCUGUAGCAUCCUGAAGGCUGCUGAGCAGCUCGUUUACUGUUUUAGAUGUAGUUUGUAAGCUAUUUCGGAGCAGAGUUGCUUUCAAUGUACUUUGUUUUUUAUUGUUAUGCAUUUGUGCAGAUAUAGAGCUGUACAGUCGAUUUUUAUUACAAUAAACCUUUUAUGAAUGAA